AUGUGUAGACGUGAAUGGUUUCGGAUACUGAGGCUAUCCGAUAGCCGCUACUCAUCCAUCAGUCUGGAUUGGGAGCGUACCUCAACUUGUGUGCCUUCAGAAGGCACCAUGCCGUCGUCGUCGUCGUUGUCAACGUCAUCUGUGUCAACGACGACGUCGUCAUUGGCAACAACAUCUAAACCAGCAAAUCAACAUUUGGAGUCCAUCCUUAACCCAUCUUCAUCUUCAUCUUCCCCUUUAUCAUCUUUGAAAGCAUCUUCAUCGGCGAUUUCUUCAUUACCCACAACAUCAUUAUCAUCUUUACGACAACCUUCUUCCUCGAAUUCAAAUGCAGAUAGACCAGCAUCUCCCAAACCGAUGCCUACACCAACGACACUAUCCGAAUGGCAACUUUUGGCAGUUUUGAGUAAAGCGAAUUUAGUUCAGUACUAUGACAUUUUCAUAGCACAAGGUGGAGACGAUAUAAAUCAGAUAAUGGCGUGUGAGGAACGAGAAUUCCUUGAGAUUAUGAAUCUUGUUGGGAUGCUUUCGAAGCCUCUUCAUGUCCGUCGAAUGCAGAGAGCUCUAACCGAAUACAGUCAAGAUCAGACGGCUUUCAAUCUUGCUGCUUUCCAACAAAUCGGUCCACCACCUCCACUGAAUUAUACACCACCUGGAACUGAUCCGAUAGCCCUUCUCCUACCUGGAAUCGCAGCUGCCACGUCUCCAAAUUUUCCGAGUCUUCGAUUUCUAAGUCAGCUGUCAUCAGCGGCCGCUGAAAAAGGAACGACGUCUUCUGAAGCGGCUGAAACAUCAUCAUCGUCACCGUCUCUCAAUCUGAAUACGUCGUCAAAUUCGGUACCGUUGGCGCUCAAGUUCUCCAAUUCUCUACUCGAAUCUUUGGCCACUGAUCAACAACAGCAAUUCCGUCCCGUUAUCCCCACCACCACCUCCAACCCCACUCCAGUCGUCUGUUCCACAAGCUCAUCCAACCCUGAGUUCUCUUCUGGAGUCGUCGUGCCAUCAUCAAGAGCCACCGCCAACGUAUUUUCCGGAAACAGCAUUGGCCCCAAUUUUAGUUCACCAAGCGUUGCUCGCUACGUCGUCGCACCACCAUCUGGAUCCGGGUCAAACACACCUACCUUUCCAUCUACAUCUUUCGGACGACCGCCCAUCUCCAGCCAAGAAAAAGAGGGGUCGUCCUCUCCUUUUUUAGGCUCUUCUGCUGAUUUUUCAUCAGCUUAUGGCAAUGAUUUCGUUUCUUUGGGAGACUUUGAUCCAAACAAUCCAUCACAAACUGAAAGCCCCGUUUUAUCGUCUGCCCAAAUUGCUCGUCUUGGAGAAUGUGCUCUAGCGGCAUCUAAAAAUCUUCCACCACUUCCACCUCGGUUGAUACAGAAUAAGAAACGCGUAUCAAAAGAUGUACUUGAACUUCUGAAAUCAACUCCAGCUACACCAUCAAUGAUUCAUCUUUUUCGAAAAUAUUCAGCUAUAUAUGGCCGAUUUGAUACCAAAAGAAAACCUCAUAAAGUGCUGACUCUUCACGAAACAACUGUGAAUGAAGCAGCUGCUCAACUGUGUCUUUUGGUACCAUCUCUACUGACAAGAAGGGAUGAAUUGUUUCCAUUGGCCAGACAAAUCGUCAAGGAUGCUGGAUAUAACUAUGCGAAAAGUAGAAAACGGCCAUGCGAUCCUGCCGAUCUACAUAGUCCGAUCAGUUCUCCGAGCAAUUCUCCGCCUCCAAAUGAAUCAGAAUUUGAUGAGCAACCAUCCAGUUCGUCAAGUUUUCUUAAGGAGGAUGACAAGGCGAUUCCACCCGAAGCAUGGGCAGCACUAAUUGAAAAGAUGAAGGAUGAAAUUCCAGAUGCCUGA